GAACAGAGGGAAGAGAGGAUACGCCGGCCGCGCCGAACCGCCGAGCGAGAGAAGGUAGCUGCGUGCGCCAGGAGGAGGACACGAUAUGCAGGGCGGCGGCGGCGCCGGCGGCGUCGUGGAGCAGCAGCCGAUGCAGAUGGUGCUGCGGGUGAAGCACCCGUCGUCGUCGUCGAUGGGCGACGAGGAGGAAGCAGGCGAGGGCUCGUCGAGGUCGGCGCUCUCGGUGUUCAAGGCCAAGGAGGAGCAGAUCGAGAGGCGCAAGAUGGAGGUCCGGGAGAAGGUGUUCGCGCACCUCGGGCGCGUCGAGGAGGAGUCCAAGAGGCUCGCCUUCAUCAGGCAGGAGCUGGAAGGCAUGGCGGAUCCGACGCGGAAAGAGGUGGAGUCGAUACGGAAGAGGAUUGACACGGUGAACCGUCAGCUCAAGCCUCUCGGCAAGAGCUGCGUCAAGAAGGAGAAGGAAUACAAGGAGGUCCUGGAGGCGUACAACGAGAAGAGCAAAGAGAAAGCGCUGCUAGUCAACAGGCUAAUCGAGCUGGUGAGCGAGAGCGAGAGGAUGCGGAUGAAGAAGCUCGAGGAGCUCAACAAGACAGUCGACUCACUCUACUAGAGCCCGCCCGCCAGCACUAUGUAACCUCAGUGUGCCAUAAGGAUUGUGACUUGUUCGAGGUGUUGCUUGUAACUGAUGUUUCUCAUUGAGUGAUUCUCCUUCCUCUUUCUUUUCCUUUCGUUUCUUUCCUUUCAUCAGUUGGUUUGAUUCUCGUUGCACUGUCAAUGUCGAGUAAAACUGACGUAUUUAAGCAA